CAAGAAACAUUGUCUGUGUGAAAGCCAACCACAUGGAGAACAUACCCCCAAAACACAAACAAGUAGCCCAGUGCUAUGAGGAGUUUAUCCGUCGCUCCCCCCUAAACCCCUGCAUCCUCUUCCAUGAAGGCGGACACUGGCGGGAGCUCGUGGUACGCACCACCAGCUGUGGCCACACCAUGGCUAUCAUCACCUUCCACCCCCAGGAGCUGGGCCAGGAGGCACUGGCUACUCAGAAAGCAUUGCUUAAGGAGUUCUUCAUAUGUGGACCUGGAACAAUCUGUGCCUUGACUUCACUUUAUUUCCAAGAGAGCACCAUGACACGUUGCUCCCAUGAGCAGUCCCCCUUCCAGCUCCUUCAUGGAGAACCCCAUAUCUUUGAAGAAGUGCUCGGCCUGAAGUUUCGCAUCUCUCCAGAUGCCUUUUUCCAAGUAAACACGCGUGGAGCUGAAUUUCUGUACCAGGCAGUUGGGGAGCUGAGUCAGGCUGGUGGGGACACUGUCCUCCUCGACAUCUGCUGUGGAACGGGCACAAUUGGUCUCUCUCUGGCUCAACAAGUGUCCAAGGUUAUUGGUAUUGAGGUGGUGGAGAAGGCAAUAGAGGAUGCCAGGUGGAAUGCAGCAUUCAAUGGAAUUUCAAACUGUGAUUUUCACAGUGGAAAGGCAGAGGCCGUGUUACCACAACUCCUGUCAUCGUGGGAGGAUGCCCGACCCCUUGUUGCUGUGGUGAACCCAUCUCGGGCUGGGCUCCAUUACAGGGUUGUGCGAGCCAUCCGAAACUGCAAGUCCAUCCGAAGGCUGCUCUACAUCUCCUGCAAGCCAGAGGGUGAAGCCAUGAGGAACUUUCUUGAGCUGUGCUGCCCACCUGACCCAGGGAAGAAACUGGCAGGAGAGCCAUUUGCCCCCACGUUGGCUAUACCUUUUGACAUGUUUCCUCAUACUGUUCAUUGUGAGCUGGUGUUGCUGUUCACCCGCUGA